AGCCGCGAUGCAGCCGGCCCGGCAGGGAGCGCUGCCUCCGUGCGCCGCCGCGGCGGGGCGAGGCCUCCCCUUCCGCCGCUCGGGCCGCCCUUUGCGGGGGCUUCGCUGCCGGCGGCGAUGGAGCCGGGGCACCGAGCGGCGCGGCUGGCGGCGUCCUGUCUGCGCGCCCCGCGCCACCCGCGCACCCGAGCGCCCGCCGCGCUCUACGAGCGGCGCCUGGCACAGGAUGGUUUUGAUUUGGAUUCAAAUACAAACAAAGAGAAGACCCUCUCUGUAAAUGGAGACUCUGACAAGUGGAUAGACUUUUCCAAAAUAUGCAGUUCAAAUCAAGAGUAUUACUUGAAGCUAGAAGAGUUGAAGAAUGCUCACUUGGAGACCAUGGCAAAAUUAGAAACUAUGUAUCGGAAUAAACUAUACUUAAGAGGAGUACAACCCUCGGACAAGAAAAAUGCCGCUUCUAAAAUUUGUUGUAGGCCGACUUGGGACAAGAGCUUGUAUCAACCUCUACAUUUGCACAAAUGCUUUUCAGACUCUGACUUAAGCGAUCCCUUAGGAUCAAGUAUAUCUGAUGGGACUGACUCAGAGUUAGCAUUUGAAGAGAAUAGCAGUGAAACUGGAUCAUCUGCAUUUGCUAAGCAACGGAUUGAAAAAAUGUGGGAUGGGUUCUCUGUGGAAGACUACAUCUUCCGCACCAAACACAGCUUACCAAGCUCACGAGCCUUCAGAAUGAUACGGAAGAAACAGAAAGCGUGGUCACCAAAAGUUACCGUGCCCAAGCCUUUCCAGAUGACUCUCAGAGAAGCUAAAAAAAAAGAACAGAAUGUCAAAUCAAAGUCACAGAUGGAAAUGGAAAAUAACUUGUUGAAGAAGCAGCUAGAGGAAGAAGCAGAGUGUCAGAAAAAAUUCCGAGCCAACCCAGUGCCCGCUGCUGUCUUCCUUCCACUCUACCAUGAAAUUGUACAACAAAAUGAAGAACGCAGGAAAUCUGUGAAAGAGAGAAGCAAACUCAAGCUGUUGGCUUCUCAGAAGCCAUUUAAAUUCAUUGAACGAGAGAAACGAAGGAAUGAAAUUAGGAAAAUGCAGCUAAAAGACCUUUCUGCACCUGAAAAGAAAACAAAACUGUUCAAAGCAAAACCAAUUCCUAAAUGUGUUUAUAGUCCAGCUGUUAAUGACAGGCUGAAGGAGGAAGAGCUCUACAGAGAAAUCAGGAUCAGAAUGAGAGCUGAAGAGUUGCUACGAAACUCGUCUGUACCCAACAGCAGGCUGGCUUUAACAAAUACCAAUAAAAGGAAGAAACACAACUGUAUUGAACCAAAGGAAACAGAACAUAAACCCAAGAUCAAAUCAAGCGUUCCAGAUUUUGACUUACUACACCAGAAAUUCCAGAAACGCCUCCUGCAACAAAAGCAAGUGAAACACCUUACAGUCUGCGAACCUUUCGAUCUUCGUACUACCUAUAUUCCCUCAAACAAGGGUAAGAUUUUGAAGGACAUUCAAGAGGAUGAAGAAAAGUUGAAAGAAACACGCUGGCCAUAUGCAUCUCCAAGACGUAAGCCUCAAAUGAGGCACACAAGCACAAAUUCACAUCUUUCAGGAUAUGCUGAAUCUAAAUCACCAAAAAUCACAGAAUCCACAAGACAACGGCUACAAGCCAUAAGGAAUUCACUUGAGGAAAAGAGAAAACUGGAAGAACAACAAAAAAGGAACAGAACAAAGCAGAAACAAAGAACAAAAAUACUCCAGAAAAUUGUAUCCACUCGGGCUGAGGCCAAUGACCCCCAUCAGAGCCUCGCUCAGAUGUCUAAAUCCAAAUUAAAAACAUUCAGGAAUUAUGAGAAACAGAGAAUGCAAGAAUAUUUGCAAGAGUUGCGAGAAAUGGAAGAAAGAGUAAAACAAAGGCCACUGCUUUUUGAAAGAGUCACUCAGAAAAAUGCGAGAAUAGCUGCAGAAAAGCAUUAUUCUAACAGACUGAGAGCGCUGGGGCUGUGCCCAGAGUUUGUUUUGAAGAAAGGUCAAACAACUAAAUCGCUACAAUGCUCCAGUGCUGAAGAUUCUAGUAACUCCACCAAUGCCAGAGAAAGAGUUAUCAAGGAUAAAGUGAAAGAAAGGGGAGUAUUUGAGGAAGCAGCUGACAGUAAUCCUGGGUCUGAGCAGUUCUGUGAGGAGGAAGAGGAAGAGAAGAGAAAAGAUGAAGAAGCCUUCACGCAGGAUGGCCAGUCCAGUGAAUCGGAGGGUGAGGAAGAGGCAAGAGCCAGCCCUCAGCCUUGCCAGGCAGGGGAGGCUGGGUCCAGUCCCACCUCUGAUCAGCACCGUGAAGAGGAUGAGGAUAAGAACGAGGAUGAGGAAGAUGAAGCAAAGGCACGCCUGCCUCUUGGCAGUUCCCAGGAGGAGGAGAAGGAGGAAGAGGAAGAUGGUAAUCACUCAAGACCCAGCUCUCAGUCUGACCAGUCCCGUGAGCAUGAAGAAGGUCAGUCUGACCCUGAAGCUGAGGGUUCCUUUGGGUACGAGGAUGAGGAAUAUGAAAGUGAUGAUUCAGAAGAGAAACCCAGUGAUGAUGAAGCUGACUGAAAGGAAGGCAGACAGAGCGGCCUGGGGCUCAGGAAUCCUAUUUCAUUGCUGGCAAUGAAAUACACAUAAAAGAAAAACUUGGGUUUUUGCUCCUGACUCAAAAUUCUGUGAAUUUAAAGUUCCUAGCUUAAAAGAUUUUUCCAACACAGAAAUGUUGUCUAUUUUUGGUAAGAAAGAUCAAGUUAUUAAUUUCCACCAAAAAAUUGCUUAAUUUUAUAUUAAUCGUCUUUGUUCUAGCCUUCUGUGACGUUAGUGCACCUCUUUUCAUAAAAUGAAGUGCAACAAGCAUAUAAUAGUAAUGUCUUGCAUGCUGUGUUGGUAAGUACUGAGGUCUUAACCUCAGGUUAACCAGCUCUUUCUGCAUGCUGGCAAACCCAGGUGAGAUUUUGAGUAGCAGUUUCCCAUUAUCAGGGCCUCCCAAUCUUGAACAUUCCAGUACUCCUGGGGUCUGUUCCUGCAGUAUCUUCUAUGACGGCAAUGAACAGACAAGGGUCUGUUGUGUAAGAUCUGUGAGUGUUUUUAGCAAAGCAGCUGCUAGGAAGACAAUUUAUGCAGUUAGACAAUCUGGGCAAAUUAAUCUGUUCAGUUCCUCCAUCCUCUUCCCAUGGGGGUUCGUCUCCUGCCCAGUUUAGUGAGCUGAAUUGCCUCAGUGAUGGGUCAGAUGAGUGACGGCCAGAAAAGAUUAUUACUUUUGGAGGAACCAAGCUGAUAUAUCAACUCAACUACAUUGUUCGGCUAAAAUAUUAACAGUAUUGAAGUCAUUGAAGGCUCUCGUUAUAGAGGAGAAAAUGCCUGAGAGGAGCCGCUUAAUCUUUCACAGAGAUUUUUGACACAGACAAGUAGUGUAGAAGAGUAAGUCAGCAGAAUAAUAUGUUAUGCUGCAUAACUUAUAUUACUGCCGAAUCAAGUCCCAAACCUGUUAUUUCAACUCCAUUUUGUUUUGAAGAGCUCUUCCAUGAUCAUGUAAAAUCAUUCUUCAUAACAUAGUAACAAGUACUGACAUUAAUCAUCAAAUUUCUUUAUUAAGAUGGUUAGCAUAUACUGUAAAGAGAGAAUCUUACUACAGCAGAUAAAAAUGCAGCCCAGCAAUUCUAGGUGCAUGCAAGUAUGUACGUUAGCACAUUUUCUUACAUGCUUGCUACUCUGGACUCGGCUACGCAAUAAGAAUGCAGAUGGAAGGUUGGGGUUUGGGUUUUUACUUCUUUAUAUCAGUUGUACUUUUUCCUGCUAUUAUUAGCUUUCUUGCUAACCUGUCCACAUAACAACAGACCACAAACAAGGAUUUCAAACAAGCUUUGCCAGGACAGAGCAUAACGCAACAUUACAUAGGGGUGUUCGGUGAAUAGUAAUACAUGUGUUAAAACUACCACAUUUGCAAAAUGAGGAUUUUUUUUUUCUUCCAUGCUGCAUGCAAGGGCACUAACUAAAUCUGUUAUAAUUUAAAUCUGGUUUUAUUUCUUCCUUCUGACUUUGAGAAACUGUGUAACAACAUUUGGAAGAUUUUUAAUCAUUAUUUAUUAUUUUUGAAGUGUGAGCAUAACUAAUAUGAAAUUGAAAAUUAUUUUUUUUACUGGAAUAAAAUAUCCAUUAUAUGUAUGUCAUACACAAAAAUAUUAAUCAUUACUUCACAAGGGAAAUCACGGUUCACAAUCUCUAGUUAGAUCUGACAACCCCACAGGACAAACUCAAGGUUGGUUUGCUUGUGCUUGUCAGUAAUCUAUUAAUUCUGGAGAGCUGUACAGUAUGUGUUGGAAUUCAUAGUCACCUAUUACUGAUAUUUCUGUCUUUAGUAAAUCAGAUUUUGUGAAAGAAGGCAGAGGAGCUCUAAAUUUUUUUUUCUCGUAAAGGUUAUUUGAAGAGGUUUCAAAUCAGAAGAAAUGCAAAUCAGUUUUUUAAGAUCUGACAGCAUUCAACUAAGUGAAGAAUAUAAAAUGUCUAAUUGUUGAACUAUUAAGAUAGGGACUAUAACUAUUACUGAAACUCCUUUGAACUGGAAGGAGUUAGCAAAAACAAUGCUUUUUUCCCAAGGUUUUAGAAGGAGGACUUGGGUACCUGUGUAUAACUGACACUGAGUUUUGCACUGAAUUAUUACUAUAUUAAGCUUAAUAAUAGCAGAAUUAAUGAACGUGGAUAAAUAUAACAAGGAAAAAUUAGUACAGCUUUUGGAGGUCCUGCCACAACUUUUUUAGCAUUUCUGAAGAAGCCAAGCAGCAUCAUGUCCAUGUCAGAAAUAUCCAAUUCAUGGAAUCAUAGAUGCAUGGAAUAGUUUGGGUUGGAAGGGACCUUCAAGAUCAUCUAGUUCCAACUCCCCUGCCAUAGGCAGGGGUAAUUGAUAGGGUUUACCUAGAUUUCCAGGAAGUAUUUGACACGAUUUGCUAUCAAAGGAUCUUAAAGAAACCAACAUUAUUGUAGGAAAAGAAAGGUCUUCAUGAAUUAGUAACUGAUUAAAAGUUCAGGAGGGAAAAGGUCAGUUUUCAGAGAAUAAAUGCAGUUAUCGGCAGACAUUUCAAUGACAUUCAGACUAUUCAGUACACUCAGAAGGAAUCCAUAGUAUCCACUCCAAAGAGUUUGCUGAGGCCAUAGUUAUUCACCGCUGUGAAAAAAUGAAACUGAGCACAAAGAACGUGCUGCAGGAUCUUAUGACAAUGAUAGAAGAGCAGAUACAGUUCAGUUUCAAUAAGUGCAAAUAAAUACAUGUGAGCAUUAAAAUAGUCCUGAACUAAAUAAUAAUAUGGGUUGAAAAAAGAAAUUCCAUCGUGAAUACUUGCAGUCCUGGUCCUCCCAUCUUAAAAGGGAUUUAUUGUGUAACUCAAAGAAGGCAACAAGAAUGAUCAAAGAUAAAUGGUUUUCAUAGGACAAGAAGGUAGUUUGGUUUUCAAAUGACAUUUUAUAGUUUCUUUAAACUGGAAAAGAUACAAGAGAUUGAACUUUGAGAUACUAAAGGAACUAGUUAUGGAAAUCACUUCGAGCAGCACAGAUUUUAAAAGCAGAAGAAUCAUGAAAUUUAAGUUAAAAAAAUAAAUCAGAAAUUGCAUUACAAAUAAGAGAGGAAGAAGUGUUCCAGUAAAGAAUUAAAUAGGAAAGAAAUAACAAAGAAAAAUCACAGAUGACAGAAGAGGAGUGGGGAUAGGUGGGGCAGGGUGAAUUAAACCUCAUGAAGGAAAGCAGACAGCAGUGAAGGCUUCUUCAGACAAAGAACAAGAGGCAUAGACACCAUGCUGUCACUUUUUUUUUUUUGCUUUUGGUCAGGAUGAUAAUUUAGAAUGUAGACAAAACAGGAAGAAGCUAACAGAAUAAUGGCCCUGAAAUGAAAAUUACUGUAUUUAAAUUAAAAAAAAAAAUCUCAACAUGAAAACCCAAAUCCAGGUGAAAGUUUUUGGUAAAUUACCAAGAUGCAGAGUAGUUCCGUAGGAAAGGAUAAUAGAGUAUGUAGUACUUUGUCAGAACUCAAAACAUUUUGAUGCAAUUAAUGUGGAGGGAAAAAAUAAUCUGGUUCACAAAAAUGAUAUAAUAGAAGGUAAGAAGCUCAUUAAAGGAGAAAUUAUAAUCAGUUAUGCUUUCAGGGAAGCUACUCUAGCAGGAGGGAGAUUAAUAGAAAUGUUUAUCACAAAUUAUUGAAUAUUCUGUCUUUAAUAUUUUAAUUGAUGUCCAAAGCAGAAAAGUAGAAACAUGUUCAAAAAUUUGCAAAGAAAAUUAAAAAGGUGUAUCCAUGAAAAGGAUUAAAAAUACCACAUGGGAAGAAGCGGAUAACUUUGCAUCUAAAUGCGGUAUUAAGAGUUUACAAGUGCAAGAAUAGCAUUUCUUUAAUGGGAAUUCACCUGAAAUUUAAGAAGAAAGACCCAGAUGACAUGUUGAGCAACAGAUAUUGAACUACAAAAUGUGAUCAUAAAAAAGGAGAUGGAAUUGAAGGAUGUGCCAGGCACAAUAUUUCCAGGAGAACUGGAAGAACCGUACUUGUAAGUCCACAAACACUGCACACCUCAUUCUGGGUUUUGAAGUGAUUCUCAUGGUACUGGAUGUGACCAAUAGCUUUGAUUGGAAAUUCUGCACUAACACCCACCCUCUGUGUACCUGCUCACAUCUGGCACAGAUGCCCACUGAGAGAAGCUGUAGCCACAUCCACCACGCUGGAUGAGGUUGAUGUUACAGGCAGUGUGAAGGGUCAGCAUCAUCACUCGGCUGCAAGGCACUGGCUUGCAAGUGUAUAUAAUUUGUAGGAGUUGCAUAUCCCAGGAGGGGGAUAUGGAUUCUGAUGUUUUGUGCUCAGUGCAUUUGUUAAGGGAAGACUCCGGUAUGUGCUGAACCCAGACUGAAAAUGGUCUUAGGGUCAUAUGACCUGUGGUGUAAGAGGACAGCUGCGUUUACUGAAGUUUAGAGACGUCCAAAAUGGUGUGCUUUUAGCAGUGGCAAAUUCCAUGGGAAAUGAAUACCGCUGCCAUGUAAAUUAAACAGGAGUACAAGGCCCCAGAGAGAGAGAAACAAAUAUUAUUUAAAGUUCCAGCCAGACGCUGUGGCCGUGUGGCUGUUCAGCAGCCACCCUCAUCUAACUUGCACUGAAUACAAUCCUAGAAAAUUAAAAUAUUGACAGAAUGUUACCUAAAGCCUAUUUAUAUGUAUUUCUAACUCUCUAUAUUUUAUAUAUUAUUAUAUAUAUGUGUAUGUUUUGAAGUAAGAAACCAGAAGUUUUGGAUAUUGUGUUUUUUUCUGGGUGCCAUGCAACACUGUGGUAUUUUCCUCAGGGAAAACAACAAUUUUGAAAGCUAACAUAAAAGUGUCACCCAAACACUUCUACAAAAAAAGCAUUUGCCAAAAGUGCAAUCCCCAUCUGGACUCUGGUGAGGCUCUGGGAGCAAGGGGAGUUGCUGCUGAGAGUUGCUCCAGGGAUGGGGCAUUCACAACUUCUCUGGGCAGCCUAUGUCAGUGCCUCACCACCCUCACAUGAAAACAUUUCUUCCUAAUAUCUGAUCUAACUCUCCCCUCUUUCAGCUCAAAGCCAUUCCCCCACAUCCUAUCCCUGCAAUCCCUUAUAAACAGCCCCUCCCCAGCUUUCCUGUGGGGCCUCCAUCUUUUGGUUUGCCUUCCAAAUUUACUUGCAUUUCUUAAGCCUUCUUUGUAUAGACCAUAGCACAUCCUCUAGAAACCACCUUCUCGUGUAUAUAGAUACCACAACAUCAUGCAGGAGGUUAAGUUCCCUUGUACUUUGAGUUAAAAAUCAUUACAUUGUUCCCCUUUACAGCUGCUCCAAAAGCAGAGAAUAACAAAAGAAUUCUAGUUCUUGAAGAAAAUGUUUAAAGUCAUCACUAUUUUGAAAUUAUUUCAUUAUAGUCUCAUUUAGAUUCCUCAGGCUCCUGGAAUGGCAGAAAGCAAAGUAUUUGUCUGAGCUUAACAGAUAAAAGGUACUCUAAAGAUCAAAAUGUGUAUUAAAAUUUAUUUCUAAAAGUAUGCUCAGCAGUUGCCCACAAAUUUAAGUCAAAUAUCAGUUUUGCACGCAGAAUAUAUUUGCCCAGGAAAACUAAAUAGUCCAUAAUUACGAGGUAUGGCAGCUGCAUGCUUACAAACAUUAAAUAUGGAGAUAAAAUUAGAAGGGGUUUGAUGUUUGUCCUCCUCAUCCUUCAGUGGAAUUUCACUCUUACAUCUCUGGUUGCAUAAUAUUUUCGUAAUUACUUGGCUUUAAGAAAAAAAAAGCCUGUGUGUAGUCCAGCAAAACUCAAAAUUUCUUCUUUCUUCAAUAGGAAUUUCAGGUAUUUGAGGAAUGCCAGAUCAGAACUAAGACUUAUAAUAGUAUAAGAAACAUUCCUGUCUCUACUGUAUAUGGAAAAAAACUAACAGUCCAGUGAAGACACAGAGAAAUCAGGGAUCACACGAGUAAAGCAAACUGCACAGAUACAAAGAAAGUUGUAGGACCUGAUGUAGUGCUUUAAAUGUUAAUUUUCUAUUAAGGAAUAACAGCAUUUAAGAGGCUUCCACUGUGCUAAGAGUGCACAAACACACAGAAAUAAAUCCCCAGUCCAGUUUUAGCAGGCAGCUCUGCAUACUUCAGAGGAAGUACAUCAUGUUUACUCAGAGUAAACCCUUUCAUAGACAACAUAGAGCAGCUUGCUUGUGCCCAGAGAACACAUGCUCUGUCCUACCCUAACCUUACUUUUCCUCCUUGUUUUUCACACCCUUUCAGUGAGUCAAAUUAACUCACUGAAAUAGACUAACCAAAAGGAGGGGAAGAGGUUGGAUGACUGGGACAAGCAGGUCUUCACCCUUUUAGUUCUGGCAGUUGUGAUCAGUGUUUCACCAAACUGCAUCCCAGGAUUAGCCACAUAAGAAAAUUCCCCACACCCAAGUUGUAGAACAGAAAAGACAAGGCAAAAAAAUACUGUUAUUUUCUGGUAAUUAAGAUUUUAAAUGAGACCAUAUUUAAUUUCAUUAACACAAAUCAUGCCAUGGAAACUAGUUGUUAACAAGACUAAACCCAAGUAUAUUUGCACUUAAACAGCUCAAACCUUCCUACUAAUAGCUAGGGCUUACUAACAUUACGCCAAACACUAACAACAGGCAGGUUAACAAGAAGAAGGUUAGUAAGAUUAAACAUGUUACUAGUUAACAAUAACUAACCACACUACUAACACAGCUAUGAAAUUCUAAUUGCAUAGAAAGAAUUGCUAUAGCCAUUCUGUUAUCACAUAAUUCAGAUCAUCACUCUCUUUUCAAACACAGCCUUACACGCUUACCCUCUCAUAUGCAGUAGGACUGCAAACUCUUACAUUGUUCUGCCACAAAGCCUUGGAUGGACUGUUUUUUUUUGAGGUGCCAAAAUGCAGCCCAGCCUCCUCUCUAAGACAGGUCAAACCCCUCUGAAAUUUAGAGAGGAAACAACACCCCCCUCGAAACACACCCUCGUUCCUCACAAAGGUGGAAGAGAGGAAAUGGACAGAGAAUAAGAGAUUGUCUAUUUCCCUCCACUCCUCAAAUCAGUUUAAGCUUUCCAAAUUUCUACAUAUUUUCACUCAGUUGACUUUCCUGAUCUGUUCCUUUGCCAGCCACACUGCUUGAGCCAUCACAAGGGAGAAAUGACAAUAAUGGCAAAGAGGGAAAAAAACAAUCUCUCAGAUAU